CGGCAAAAGGAGGUUUUACGUCACUUGGGGAACGGCUUAGUCCGCUUUUCCUUCGCCCGUUGCCUUUCGGGGGUUUUGAGCUAUCAUGGCGGCGGAUAAAGCGAAGUCCGUUUUAUUCGUAUGUCUUGGAAAUAUUUGCCGAUCUCCCAUAGCUGAAGCUGUUUUUAGAAAACUUGUAACUGAAGAAAACCUUGAAAACAAGUGGAGGAUAGACAGUGCAGCAACUUCUACAUAUGAAAUAGGAAAUUCUCCAGAUUAUCGAGGCCAGAAUUGCAUGAGAAAACAUGGCAUAACUAUGAAUCAUAUUGCCAGGCAGAUUACAAAAGAUGAUUUCCUAACAUUUGAUUACAUUCUUUGCAUGGAUGAAAGCAACUUACGUGACUUGAGAAGAAAAUGCAAUCAAAUUAAAAAUUGCAAAGCUCAAAUUGAACUCCUUGGUAGUUAUGAUCCAGAGAAACAGCUUAUUAUUGAAGAUCCAUAUUAUGGAAAUGAUGAAGAUUUUGAAACUGUUUAUCAGCAAUGUCUCAGAUGCUGUAAAGAAUUUUUGGAAAAACCUCAUUGAUGUGGUUAUGUUCUGAAUGUGAAUAAUUCUAUGACAUUAGUGCAAAAUCUCAACAUUAAACUAUGAUAGUGUGCCUCUAAAA